CAACAGCUGGAGGCUAAAAAGAUAGAUUCCUAAAUCCUAACCUUGGUUUGUGUUAUUUACCUUUGAUAAUUGAAGUAAAUGUAUUAAGUAAAAUUGUGUCUGAAGUGAUUUCUCAUGAAAUUUUGAUUUGUUAAUUUGAUGAUGUUUGUUUUUAGUGACGAUUUUAUACGGGAUCUUGUGUUAAAUAUCAGAAAAUGACUCUAGAAUACUUGUGUUAAUCAGCUGAUACAUUCGUAGGCUAGGCCUAGCCUAGUCUCAAAAAUAUGUCUUUAUUUGAGAAAAAGUGCAAAAUUUUAUAUAUUUGAUAAAUGAUAGUUUGUUUAAGAACAUGGAUGAUUAAUUUUGAAAUACUAUCUGAUCUUUUUUAACGCAAAUUCGUCAUAAUAUAGAUAACCUUACCGAAACAAUGGACUCAGCCUAGAUAAUAACCUAAUUAGAAUUGCAUCCUUCAUCCAUACCAUUUUGGUGAAUUCAUCGUGUCUAAUAAAUGAAAUGGCUGUGAUAAGUUGUGUAGAUUUAUCUGUAGGUGUUACAAUUCCUAGAAAUUGAGUUUUCAAAUUGUAAAAAUCGUAAACUUAUACUUGGGCGUAUUGUAAUCAGUUUUAAACAUGCCUGCUGUUCCAAGACCGGGAAGUGUCAAAGACCCAGAAAUUGCCGAACUAUUUGAUGCGGAAGACCCCGAAAAAAUAUUUGAAGAUCUCCGAGAAAUUGGCCAUGGAAGCUUUGGUGCUGUCUAUUAUGCAAGAUGCCUUAUCUCAAAGGAAAUUGUUGCGAUCAAAAAAAUGUCUUAUGCUGGUAAGCAAAGCUCAGAGAAAUGGCUGGAUAUCUUGAAAGAAAUACGAUUUCUUCGUCAGUUGAAUCAUCCUAAUACAAUUCAAUAUAAGGGAUGUUAUCUUAGAGACAAUACAGCAUGGCUUGUUAUGGAAUAUUGUUUAGGUUCCGCUUCCGAUAUCAUUGAAGUACAUAAAUGGCCUCUAAAAGAAGAAGAAAUUUCUGCCAUAUGUGAAGGUGUCCUAAAAGGAUUGCAUUAUUUACACUCUCUUGGUAGAAUACACCGUGAUAUUAAAGCCGGAAAUAUACUUUUGACUGAAAAUGGUACUGUUAAAUUGGCUGACUUUGGAUCUGCCAGUAUAAAAUGUCCAGCAAAUAGUUUUGUGGGAACUCCAUAUUGGAUGGCUCCAGAAGUGAUCUUAGCUAUGGAUGAAGGUCAGUACGAUGGAAAAGUUGAUGUGUGGUCCCUUGGUAUUACAUGCAUUGAACUAGCUGAAAAGAAACCUCCAUAUUUUAAUAUGAAUGCAAUGAGUGCUCUUUACCAUAUUGCUCAGAAUGACUCACCCGUUCUACAGUCACCUGAAUGGUCCGACGUAUUCAGACAUUUUGUUUCAUCAUGCUUACAAAAGAACCCUAUCGAACGACCCUCUUCAGGAAAACUUCUCACACAUCAGUUAGUGACGAGGUCCCGAUCUCAACAUGUUCUGAUAGAUCUUAUUCAACGAACAAAAGACGCCGUUAGAGAGCUUGAUAGUUUGAAUUAUCGUAAAAUGAAAAUUCUGAUGACAGAUGCAGAGAGUGAGAGCACUGUGGGAGAUGUGGAUGAAACAGUGGAAGAGGGGGUGGCAGGGGGAGACAGGGACAGCAGCAAGAGCAACAGCAUCACAUCGGAGCACUCGAUCCACUCGGUGGGGGUGAGCGCCAGCUCUCAGGGCAGCUCCACCAACAGCCUGCUGCCUCCCACCCCUGAGUCCAGUCACGACAUCUCGCCCAUGCACCACCGCGGCCGCUCGCCCCGCGACCUCACCAUGCUCACCGAGCAUGGCGCCAACAACUUCUCCACCAUCAAAACCACAACCAUUGUCACCAAACAGCAGAAAGAGCAUAUGCAGGAGGAAAUGCACGAACAAAUGACCGGCUACAAGAGAAUGCGGCGUGAACACCAGGCGGCUCUCAUCAAACUCGAAGAAAGGUGCAAAAUCGAGAUGGAAAAUCACAAGCAACAGCUUGACAAAGAGUAUGAAACCCUACUCAUCCAGUUUAGCAAAGAGUUGGAAAAACUACAAAUAGCUCAACAACAGGAGCUGGAGAAGAAAUAUAAGAAAAAUGCUACAUCAGAAAAGAAAUUUGUCAAAGAUAUAACCGUUAGACAAGAGCAGGAUAGGAAAACAUUCGAUGUACAGAUGAAGAAACAGUAUAAAGCAAAUAAAGAGAGGUGGAAGAGAGAGUUGAGUAUGGAUGAUACAAAGCCAAAAAAGCAGAGAGAUGCCUAUUUACAAAGUCAGCAGGAGAACCAAAAACAGAUGGAACUACAAGAAGAACAGCGACUAAUGAGAAGCCAAAAAGAAUAUUUGGACCUUGAAGUAAGAAAAUUUAGACGAAAAAAAUUACUUAGUUUUCAUAGUCUGGAACAAGAAAUUCUUAGAGAAGAAUUGAAUAGACGACAGAACCAACUUGAGCAGGCUCAUGCUAUGCUUCUGAGGCAUCAUGAGAAAACAAUGGAGCUUGAGUACCGCCAACAGAAGUCGGUACAUCUGCUGCGUGAAGAGCAAAUACAAAGACAACACUCAACUGAGCUACAAAACCAGCAGGAAUAUACAAAUCGCUCUCAGCGAGACCUUCGUAAAAAGCAUGCUCUGGAAAUAAAGCAGCAACCAAAGUGUCUUAAGCAGAAAGAGUCGCUCAUCCGAAAACAGUUUCGUGAAACUUGUAAAAUCCAGACAAGGCAGUACAAAGCCUUGAAGGGGCAGAUACUAGCCUCGACACCAAAGGACGAUCAGAAAGCAGUCAUCAAGAAGCUGAAAGAAGACCGCCGAAGAAAGCUGGCAUUACUGGGAGAACAGUACGAGCAGAGCAUAGCCGAAAUCAUGCAAAACCAGUCGAUUCGUCUGGAUGAGUCGCAGGAGUUGGAGUGUCACCAUCUGAAGGAUCGUCUGCACUAUGAGUUGGAGAUACUGAUGGCCUACCAGAGCAAGAACAAGAUCCAGGCGGAGGCGCAGCGCAACAGAGAGCGCAAAGAGCUGGAGGACAGGGUGUCGGUGAGGAAGGCGCUGCUCGAACAGAAGAUGGAGACGGAGACACAGCAGUUUCUGCAGGAGCGGUCCGACCGUAUCCGCAUGCUGCACGAGCGUCAGGACAAGGAGUUGCAGCACUUUGACGAGGAGUCGGCGAGGCUCGGCUACUCGGCACUCGCUAUCGCUGAGGCGUCGCGCGAGAACUACCCCGACGACGACAGUCUCUCCGGCAGCAUGCUCAGUCUCACAGAUAAAUUAACUGAUUAA